AUGACUGGCAGAGGGAGACCGCGCAGGGCAAAGAGUCCAGACACGAAGACUGCCAAGAGUCAAACAAGUCCUGAGGAAACAGACCGAGUGGCUCUGCAAAAGCAGAUCGGCACCACAAAGAAAAGGAGUCCAAAGGUGGAGAAAAAGACAAGAGACACUGAGGAGAAGCCAUCACAAAAAAAUGUCAUAGAGGAGAUCGGCAAGCAGCAAAAUGCAACUACGGAAAACAAAAAGGCUCCUGUGGAAUGCACAAAAGCCAAAACCUGUGCUGCCAGGGCCAGAAAAACUAAGCAAGCUGCAGAGGAGAUAACGAAGACACGGCAAGAGACACCAAAGGAAACCACAAAGGCUCCUAUGAAAACCACAAAAGCAAAAAAAUCUGGUGGGAAGGCCAAAUCUCCAGAAAGAUGUUCAGAGGAGAUGACAAAGAAGCAACCAGAGACCCCAAAGGAAACCACAAAGGCUUCUAUAAAGACCCCAAAAGCAGAACCAUGCGGGGUCAAAGCCAAAUCACCAGGAAACAUCAAAGAGACGCCAAUGAAAAAGCAACCAGAGACCCCAAAGGAAACCACAAAGGCUUCUAUAAAGACCCCAAAAGCAGAACCAUGUGGGGUCAAAGCCAAAUCACCAGGAAACAUCAAAGAGACGCCAAUGAAAAAGCAACCAGAGACCCCAAAGGAAACCACAAAGGCUUCUAUAAAGACCCCAAAAGCAGAACCAUGCGGGGUCAAAGCCAAAUCACCAGGAAACAUCAAAGAGACGCCAAUGAAAAAGCAACCAGAGACCCCAAAGGAAACCACAAAGGCUUCUUUAAAGACCCCAAAAGCAGAACCAUGCAGGGUCAAAGCCAAAUCACCAGGAAACAUCAAAGAGACGCCUAAGAACAUCCCGAAAGCUUGUGUACCGCAAGUCAGGUGUGAAGACAAAGUGGACUCCAUCCUCUAUACAACUCUGGAAAAGUUGAAGAUUAAAAGAGAUGAACGAUCGGCUGCAGCAGAAAUCGUCAAUAGAACGGUAAAAAGUAUAAUAGAGCACUUGAAAGAGAAAAGCCAAAGCUUUAAAGAGGUAGAACUACCACUCCGUACUGGAAGCUACUAUGAACAUCUGAAGAUUUCUAAUCCCGAUGAGUUUGAUGUCAUGCUGUUCUUUCCCGUUGGCCGAGCGAACAUCAGUCCAUUCGGAGGCGAUGGAGCCUUUUACAGCGUCGGAUUAAAACGCGGCAAGAACCCUCUGCAGAAAUUUCAAGAGGACAGCACUUUAUCCGCCAGUGCGAUGCUCCAGGAGUUCAGGGACGAGGUGAUGAAAUCCGUCAAGAACUCUACAGAAUGGGAGGUGACCAGAAAGAAACCAGGCUGCCCUGCAGUGACCCUGAUCACAAAAUCACAUCCAACCCCGAUUUCACUGGACAUCGUUCUCAGCAUCGUGGUUAAAUCCAGCUGGCCACCUUUCACCAAAGAAGGCAUCAAAAUAGAUGGCUGGCUGGGAACUAAAGUAAAGCAGGAAUACAAGCGAAAGCCAUAUUAUCUUGUCCCAAAAUAUGAAGGCGUAGGUAAUGUGGAACAUGAUGGGGUCCUUACCAAAGAUGUUUGGCGGGUUUCGUUCUCCCACGUUGAGAAGGCCAUACUGCAGCAUCACGGAUCGCAGAAGACGUGCUGUGAGAAAGGAGGAGAACGCUGCUGCAGGAAGGACUGUUUGAAGCUCCUAAAGCAUCUCCUCAGUCUGCUGAAGGAAAGACACCCAUCUUUAACCAAGUUCUGCUCGUACCACGCCAAGACCACGCUCCUGCACGCCUGCUGCGCCAGAACCAAAGACGCCGAUUGGAGGGCCUCGAAUCUGAGCCGCUGCUUUCAUCUGCUCCUGGUGGACUUCAUAGCCCAUCUGGAGAAAGUUGAACUCCCGAACUUCUUCAUCCCGACCCAGAACCUGCUCUCUGGUCCUGGCCCGGGAAAGUGCAAAAGUCUGGCUCAACAUAUCAAGGACGAACGUGACAGUGGCUUUCCAAUUUUUAAGUGACAACUUCACUUUGACACAUCCUUUAAGUAAAAUGUUGGGCAACUAAACCCAGGGUAAUCUUUAAAAAAGAAAGCAUAAUCAAAAUUGUAUUUGUUUCCUUUGGACUCUCCUUUUCCAUUAUGUCUUUUUCAUAUUUUAAUUAUUAUUAUUAUUGGUAUUAUUUUAAUUUUAUUUAAAAAAAUGUACUCAUAACUUGUCUGUUUUUCUUCAUUUACCAUCCUGUAAUUUGUUAACUUAUUUUGCUUAGACUCCUUGAGUUAUUAAUAUUGUCGUGUACUGUCUGUAUCGAGGCAGUGUGAUCUGUUCUGGGGUGGGAGGGGAGAAAAUUGAAAAAUAAUAUAAUUUUUAUUUUUUUUAUGUAAUCCACUUUAUUUUUAUGAAUGUCAUUAUUCUGUUUUUAACUAAACCUUUUUUCUUAAACACGUCUCUCUUUUUCAUGCUGUUGGCUUUUAUAUUAAUUGUUUGUUAAAUACGUUAUAACUGCUUAAUAAAUAUGCUUGCUAUAUUUAACAUAUUGAUUAAAAAAAAGAAAAUAAAUAAAUACAUACAGAAAUAUA